AUGGUACCGAAUUGUAUUCCCGAGAGUAUGAGGCUCGAGGCUGAUGAUACCGUAGUACCGGUAAAGCAAGUCCAAUUUCAGAGGGAUGACAUCUUCAGUGCCGACAACGCUUCAGAUAUGGCCGCAGAACCAUGGAGCUCGAUCACCGCGGGCGAAGGGUAUGUUCUGGUAGAGAACCCUCGUCGGCUUGGCUUGACCGGAGGGAUGGCAUACAGACCAACAUCUGCAGCGGAGGUGUACGGUGUCUCGAUGUUUCACCAACUCCAUUGCCUUAUGUCCAUAAAGCAUUCUCUUUUGCAGCCACGCUCAUCCAACGCGAGUCUCGAGGCCCAUAUUGUCCACUGCGUCGAUUACCUCCGUCAAUCGGUCAUGUGCUGCGGCGACACGACGCUGGAGAGAGGCCACGAAGCUGGAGGGAUCUUCAAACCGCCGGUGGAUGGUUGGGGCAACACGCAUAUGUGUCGAGAUUGGGACGCGUUAUUCUCUUUCGCGAUGGCACAUCAGUAUGAGGUUGCUAAAAACUCCGGGAUAUUGAGCGGGCAUUAG